GAGAAUAUGCGUACCAGUCGUGACAUUCAUUCUUCCGGAUGGUAGAUUUUUUUUGGGUCCGCCUCUUUUUCUUACCAUAAUUUUCACAAUAGUGUGGCUCCUUUGUCUUUACUGUUCGCUUGCUCGCGCAAAACGUUAACUUGCCUACAGAAAAGAAAUGACAGACCGUCGACUACCACCUAAGAUCACCGACUUCAACGAAGUUGAAAACAAGAUGUAUACGAUAACUAGUCUCAGCAACUCGACAGACACCAUACCGAACAAUCAAAGUGAAGUAGGGCCCAACUUGCCACAGGAUGAGAAAGAUAGGUCACCAACAAAGCCUGGCGUUCAGAGAGGAAGGCUGUAUUAUGGAUGGACAAAAUCCCGAUGGUUGCUGUUAUUUUCCAACAUCUUCUUUAUGUUAUAUGCCACCAUGGCAUUCAUUGCCUGCAUGGUUACGUAUGGAGAAGGCUACACCAACGCUCCAAUCGUUGUUGCUGCCAACGCAAGUAUUCUAGGAGUCACUCUCGCCUUCUCUCUACUAAGCAUGGUGGUUGCUUGUAUUGGAAUGGCAGGUAUCAUCAGGAAAGACAGAAGGUUGCUUGGUUGGUAUUGUCUAUGGUUGUGGCCAUGCUUUGGCCUAUUGUGCGCUAUUGGAUAUCUCGGCUACAAACAAGACACUUGGAAUCUCAGCGCGAAACUAGGUAUGCAAUGGCGUUACAACCUAAGCAGUAAUGCUCGCAUAGCCCUUCAGAAUACCUUACACUGUUGUGGAUUCGAUAACCCCUCCGAUCAUGCGACUUAUUUUGACCGCUGCUUUCCAAAGUCACUGCUCCCAGGCUGCGAAUACAAAUUACAUCAAUUUGAAAGCUCGUUUCUUAAGACUACAUACAUAGUGGCAUUUUCAUUUGUUCCCGUUCAGCUUAUCGUCAUGAUUUUCGCCAUCCUCUGUUCCAACCAUGUCACCCUUCAAUUUGGUCGUAGAGCCAGACCAAAUAUUGCGUAUUUGAAUGGUCACAGCGAUUGGCGAACUUGGGAGCAAGAACAAAAGCAGAAAAAAGCAUCAGAAAGUGAAUGCGAUGCAAAGGGACUCCCAUACAAAUUCUCGCCUAUCGACUUGUAUUCUCCAGGGAAAUUCUCCUUGGAAAGUGAGAUUCUCCAAGCUCAAGACAAGACUUUUGCUACAGGCGGUGCAGCACUUAGCAGUGGAGAGGUAACACGAAGGAGAAGUGGUCAUAGACAGGUCCAGCGUUAAUAUAUAGCAUAUUCAUAAAAAGAGGACAAUACUUCAUAAAUGGUGGCCGACUGAAGAUUCUAUUAACUGAAAAAUGGUAUU